AUGAAUUUUCAAAACUCUUCAAAUGGCGAAGCUCCAUCUUCAUCAAUUAAUCCAGAUGAAACCCCUGAACAGGGCGUUUCUGGUGCAGACUUGAACUUCUUGUUAUCACAUUUUCAAUUGCCGGACGUUGAAAGCAAUGGCGAAGCUAAUAACGAUCCUACCGACCCGGAUCCUAAUGCUAUAACCAGAAGCGUAUUUGAACUAGUUCCUAAGCAGGAUCAUUCCACUGACGGAAACACCAAAUCUAGCAUCUUAAAUCCCUCCAAUGAAGAAAGGCGACGUCAAAAAAUGAAAAAAAUGUGGGACAACAAGUUCUCGGAUCGAAUUGAAAUAGCUUAUGCUGCACAAAUGGAUGAGAACCUUUCCCUAAUCAAAGUCUUUUCAAUAGGCAUAAGGUUGUUCAGAGGUCUUAUAGACUAUUUCAUGGACCCAGAAGGUUUUGUUGUGACCCCUGAAACUUUUGUAAGAAGUUUCGAACUUUAUGGUAAGAAUCAAGAGGAACUUCAAGAGAACAAAGAGGUAUUCAAAAUCAUCGACGAAUGUUUGUCGUUUAAAAUGCUAACAUUUAGUUGUUUAAACUAUCCCGGUGAUAACAGCAAUUGGAGGAUGAAACAGAUUAUUAAAUACGUGGAAAAGGUGAGCUCGCGUUCUUGUAAGGAUAUAUUGGGAAAAGAUCGUGUGGAUGCUACAGGUGAAACGAAUGUACAGUUUUAUGAGGAUAUGUUCUACCGUCGAUUAAGGAGUUAUGCCGUUCAUAUACGUGGGCUUAUGAGCAACAGCUCAUUGGGUCUUCUCAAACUCAAGGCUGAACCAUGGCCAAUUCAUGGGGUUGUUGAUCAGUAUGUUUCUUCGUUGGACAUAAGCAUAGUUUUGACGUUUCCUUUCUUGGAUGAUAAGCAUUCGAAAAUGAGACUUUGUAAAAUCCUAGUUGGUGAUUUUAUUCAAUGGAGCAAUGACCCUGACGAGCACAUGAUUAUAGAACCUGAUGAAGUUGCUCGUGCUUUGGAGGCUGAUUCUAGCGUCGGGAAAGCACCCAAUGGGGAUUUCGUUACGGGUGUGAAAGGAGAUUUCUCGGAAUUAAGUACCCUUUCUGACAAGGUUGGGCCAAUGAAAUAUCCAAAGGGACCUCUGGGGAGAAAGGUCUUUGAUGGAAGAAUUGAGAAGAAGCAAAGCAAGAGGCAAAAAAAGCAUGAAAUACAGAACUCAUCCCAACUACAGUCAGCCCGAAUUAUACCCCAUCACGAGAAUUUACAAUAA